GCGCGCGGGGAGGAGAGAGCGACGUUUACCUGGAGGACACGCGCGCCAGUUACGCAGCAGGCUGCUCCGGAGCGCAGUCCAUCGAUUUAACUUGCGCACGCGGUCAUACUGUCAUCAAUAUUAUCAACAAUAUCCAUAUUUAAUGUGCAGCCAGGGAGAAGAGCAGAGCGGGAGCGGCGCGGUCUGAUCUCACGUCCGUGUCCGUUUCUGAGUGCCAGCCUCCGGGGAAAGUUGGAGUAGGCUACCGGUAACGGACGGGAGCGCCUGGAUGUUUUAACGCUUCACGUGCACGGAGGAGCCGGACGACACCGAGGGAAGGGGGUGUUUCUCCGGAUAAAACCGUGGAUACUCCGGAACACUCUGCUCCAGCGGAAUAUGUUGUCCUCUCCGCGGACUCCGUGAAUACUUCACCGUGUGUGCAGAGGGGGGGUCCAGGCUGCCCGGUCGGUGGUCCUGGUUCCAGGGGUCUUUUCCCCAGCACUACCGUCUCCAGGGGUUUUUUCCCCGGUAGGACCGUCUCCAGGGGUCCUUUUCCUGGCAGUACCGUCUCCAGGGUUCUAUUCCCCGGUGGUAGGCUACCGUAUCCAGGGGUCUUUUCCCGGUAGGACCGUCUCCGGGGGUCUUUUCCCCGGUAGGACCGUCUCCAGGGGUCUUUUCCCCGGUAGGACCGACUCCAGGGGUCCAGGCUGCCUGGUCGGUACCGUCUCCAGGAGUCUUGGCUCACUCCACCAUGUCGGCGACAGCUUUAUGGGUUCCCUGCGUAGAAAGGGAACGAGAGAGGGAGUGAGAGACACCGGGAGAAGAAACGGGGGGAACCGGACCGGGAGCGCGGGAGACCGGGUCUGUUCUUUGUGAUUUGUGGAUUACUACCGGACGCGAAAUGAUCCUGAUCAUCACUUUGGUGUUUGUGUUGGAUGUGUGUGUGUGCGACUCGGAGCUGGGCUCCCCCGGCUGGAGGGAACCCCUGGACUGCGUCCGGGCGUCCGAGCUCUGCAACCAGAACAGCCAGUGCAGCUCCCGCUACCGCAUCAUGCGCCAGUGCCUGUCGGGGGGGGACAGGGAGCGCAGCGCCAUGCUGGCCUCCAGGGAGUGCCAGGGGGCGCUGGAGGUGCUGCAGGACUCUCCGCUGUACGACUGUCGCUGCAAGAGGGGAAUGAAGAAGGAGCUGCAGUGUCUGCAGAACUACUGGAGCAUCCACAUGGGCCUGACGGAGG